GCCUCUGCUCUGCAUUCCUCCCUCUUCCUAAGGGCUAACAUGGCGAUGGCAGGCAGAGGAUGAGGUGAAGAAGCAGGGGGAGGCGAGAGCUGCAGCUGCACAGACACACAAGCGGGGCAGAGAGCACAGCAGGGGGGAUUGCAGCAGAGGAAAGGAGAAGGGGGGAAAAAAAUAAAAACACCCAACCCAACAUUUUCAUGGAGAGCAAAAAUCCCAUGCAAGCUGGGGAGGAUCAGGACUCCUUUGAGCUGAGACCCUUGCAUCAAAAUGCUGAUAGUAGAAAAGACAACUGACUACCCUUCCGCUGAAUACUCUCUGGUGGAGGAUGUAGCCCUCCACUUCACGUGUUUGAUGGACAGACUGAACGAGCAGCGCCUGUUUCAGCCGGACCUGUGCGACGUGGACAUCGUCCUAGUUCAGCAGAAGAGCAUCUUCCCCGCCCACAAGGGGGUCCUUGCCGCGUACAGCCAGUUCUUCCACUCUCUCUUCACCCAGAACAAGCAGCUGCAGCGGGUAGAGCUCUCCCUGGAGGCCUUGACUUCCCAAGGCCUCCAGCAGAUCCUCAACUUCAUCUACACCUCCAAGCUGCUGGUGAACGCCUCCAAUGUGCAGGACGUCCUGAACGCUGCCGCCGUGCUGCAGAUGAACAACAUCGCCUCCUCCUGCCAGGAGCUCAUCAACACCAGAUCCCUCAGCCUGGCCAUGGCCAGCGACAUGGCCCUGCCCCCCGACGCCUGUGGCAACUCUGUCCCCCCGCAGUACUACUGUGAGAUUAAGCAAGAGGUGGACUCUCUACACCCCAAGAUCUAUGCCCGGGAAGGAAAUGAUCCCUACUCAGUGCGAGUAGAGGACAGAAUGGGUGGAGACGGCAACCAGCACCUCCCGGCUGUGGCUGCCAAGCAGUAUUACAAGGAGGAGAAGGACAGUGGCCUGGCCACCAUGUGUAAGAUGGAGGGCGGGGAGUCUGAGGAGGAUCUGGACAGCCAGAGCUCUUACAACCGGGAGCAGAUCAUUGUGGAGGUGAACCUCAACAACCAAACCCUCAAUGUCUCCAAGGGGACGGAAGGGAAGCCCACCGCCAACGAAGCUGCCGCCGUGAUCAGCCGACCGGAGGGGGAUGGACGUGACACCGAGGAGGAAGGGGAGGAGGAAAACGAGGAAGCAGGGGGGGAGGAGGAGGAGGACGCUGAGGUGGGGGAGGAGGAAGAGGAGGAACACAGCGAAGAGGAAGACCUGGAGGAGACCACCGAGGAGGAGGAGGAAGAGGAAGACGACGAAGAGGUGUCUGAAGUGAAAAGGGAAAAAUCUGGGCAGCCCCGCAGGGGGAGCAGGUCAUCCAAGGCCACCAAGUCCACCAUGUCCACCAGGUCCCAGGAUCUGGCCAAGGUGGUGGAGGAAGAGGAGGGCCAGCGUGGGAGGAAGAGGAAAAAGGAGCAGGAUGGGCUGGGCCCGAAAGUCAAGCUGGAAGAGAAGCAGCACUACCCCUGUAAGAAGUGCCCCCGCGUCUUCAACAACCGCUGGUACUUGGAGAAGCACAUGAACGUCACCCACAGCCGCAUGCAGAUCUGCGACAAGUGCGGCAAGCGCUUCCUGCUGGAGAGCGAGCUCCUGCUGCACCAUCAGACGGACUGCGAGAAGAACAUCCAGUGUGUGACGUGCGGGAAAGCAUUUAAGAAACUCUGGUCUCUGCACGAACACAAUAAAAUUGUCCAUGGCUACGCGGAGAAGAAGUUCUCCUGUGAAAUCUGCGAGAAGAAAUUCUACACCAUGGCACAUGUGCGGAAACACAUGGUUGCUCACACCAAGGAUAUGCCGUUCACAUGUGAGACGUGUGGGAAAUCGUUCAAACGCAGCAUGUCCCUGAAAGUCCAUUCUCUUCAGCACUCCGGGGAAAAGCCUUUUAAAUGUGAGAACUGCAACGAGCGAUUCCAAUACAAGUACCAGCUGCGCUCUCACAUGAGCAUCCACAUCGGACACAAGCAGUUCAUGUGCCAGUGGUGCGGGAAGGACUUCAACAUGAAACAGUAUUUCGAUGAGCACAUGAAAACGCACACGGGUGAGAAGCCCUACAUCUGCGAGAUCUGCGGCAAGAGCUUCACCAGCCGCCCCAACAUGAAGCGCCACCGCCGGACCCACACGGGAGAAAAGCCCUACCCCUGCGACGUGUGCGGCCAGCGUUUCCGCUUCUCCAACAUGCUCAAGGCCCACAAGGAGAAGUGCUUCCGGGUCAGCAACCCCCUGGCUUCGGACACCACCAACCCCGCCAACAACGGCGGCGGCCUCUCCGCUCCCCAGGGUGCCCCCUCGCCUCACUCACUCAGUUUGCCGCUGCUCCACCCCCUCCCCCCUCCUCCUCACCUACCGCCACCGCCUCCCCUGUUCCCAGCCGGGCGGGUCAAUUCGAACAACUAGGCCAGCGUGCGCACGGACUGCUCUGCCACGCAGGGAGUGCCCAGUGGGCUGCUCGGUCGCGUGACGCGGGGAGAAGGAGGGAGGCGGUUAAUUCUCUCUCUUUCGAUUUUUUACCCUCCCUUGGUUUUAUGAUGAGCCCGUCAGCCUUCUGGCGAAAGGACAGGGGCUCUGGGCCACAGCAAGCUCCCAGGCAGCGUGGCGUGCCGGCGUUCAAUCAGGGUGUAGACAAACGGCUCUUCUUUCCCUCCUCGUUCCAUGGCUUUAGCGUUUCCCAAGCCCCGGUCAGACUCAUCCUCUCGCCUCACUAGGCAUUGUUGCUGAACUGGUUUACCUCUGCCGCCUAGUGCACUAUUGUAUCAGGGUAACCCUUGCCACAAUGUCUUCCCGCUUGCACGUGUUCCUCCAUGUGCCGUGCGAGUACGUUAGACUAACGAAGUGCACAGCUCAGCUCAGCCCCAUCGAGCCAUUUCCACUAGUUCCUCACGGCAGCAGUAAGGGGGUUCUUAGGUGUUUUUGUCUCAUGAGGCAGCACUUUUAGCUUUGCCGGUGGCUAUUAGUCAGGAACUUGUCCGCGAUGCAUCCUGUGCAAAAUGUUUAAUCAGGGUUGCGCCCCUCUUUAGUAUGCCACUGAAACCACCUGAAAAGACUACAUGUCCCAGCAUGCAGUGCUGUUCCGAAUGGCUUUCUGCUGGGCGAAGGAAGGAACAUAGCAUGCUGGGAGCUGUAGUCUUUGCAGGCUGUGGUAGAGAUAAGGGUUGCCACAUUGCACACUUUGGGACUGUGCUGCUGUCAGAGGUGUCACUGCGGCACCUGUAGACGUACCUGAGCUAGCUUUAAUCUAGCUAGCUUGAAGAACAUUUGCACUGAAACUGCAGCGGCAUGAGCCAUGCACACCCAUCCAGGGUCUUGGCUACGUACUCGAACAGCUAGUCUGUACUGCCGUAGCGUCACUGCUGUUGUUAUUUGAGCUAGCUAGAUCAAAGCUAGCCUUUGGCAUGUCUACAUGUGCUGCCAUCACACCCCUCUGAUUGCAGCAUAGACCAACCCUUUGGUAACCCUGCUCUAGCCACCAUAAUGGGUGUUUCAGCCCAAAUCAUCAUUCUCUGGGAAAACUGCACAAGACAUGGGCACACAGAGAUGCAAGGAUGCACGGGAGCUAGAAUCCCUGUGAGACUGCCUAUUUCACAUAGUGAGUCAGCCGCAGGAACAGUCACAAGGAAAGGCAGAGAUGCUAUGUUAUUCUGUGCAUGGUGGAGGGGGAUUUCUAAGUGACACAGGCUACGAAAGCAAAGGAUGGUAAUAUUUCAUGGCAGCUACACAGAUUAGAGGUAGUGGCUGUUAUAUGUAAUCUAGCAUAUUUGUGCUUGAGCCCGUCCCUCGUCCUGAAAGGCUGGUACUGCAGGAGAGAUCUUUCAAUGAGUUCACCACUUCAUGACAGGAAUCCCCUGGUCAUGGCUGAAAUCCAAGCCAGGUUAGGGAGGAUGAGACGUUACCACUCUCUGGCAUCUCCAGUGGCCCACAUGACAUAGAAUCAUAGAAUAUCAGGGUUGGAAGGGACCUCAGGAGGUCAUCUAGUCCAACCCCCUGCUCAAAGCAGGACCAAUUCCCAACUAAGUUAUGAGUUAGGGGGCUGUGUAUUAGUGGACAGAGGCCCACGUCUCAAAACCCACCAUCACAGCCUGCUCUUGUUAGCAGCCCUUGUUAUGUCUUCCUUCCCAACUGGGAUUCCAAACCUCCCGUCCCCUUCCCCUGCAAUUUGUUAGACUAAAGCCCCAACCCAGACAGCUGGGUUUAACGAAAGGAUUCACUAGCUCGAUAUGAUUUUUUCCCCAAAGGGGCUCAGACCCAUGAUAAAAUCCCAGCUCCGAUGCUAGAAAUGAGCCCCGUGUUUCUAGGAAAUGGGCUGGAGCUGUGUGGGGGCUCCGAUGGUGGAGCUGGAGCAUUCCCAUGGUGAGCUCACCGUUGGUCUUUAGACGAAAAAGCAGGUUGGAAAGUCGUUCCACUCCAGCCUGAAUGGCGCAGCAGGAUCUAGUCCUAGGCUGGACUUCCCUGGAAGUUACUUGUCGUAAUAGUGCCUUACAGUUAUUGAAAGUAAGCUCCCCAGUGUGUGCUCGGGAGUCUGGUUAGCCUGAAGGCUGCACGCCAGCUCCGAUAACCUGCCCGUAGUACCAAGGAAGGGCAGUGGUUCGUCUCCUUUUCCUCCUUUCGUGUCUCAUGUCCCCCCAGCCCUAGUACUUUACUCUCCUUUAGGAGUCCAGUUUUGCCUUCAGUCACAGCACAGUGAGCCUUUGUACAGAGGGAGUGCAUUUGAGGGCUUUAGCAUGGAGUUGGCUACUAGAAUUCAGUGGCCCUCUAGCCAGAGGCUGCCUUAUUGAUGAAGGGGCCUGGCAAGAAGGACAAGCACCUUAUAAAAUGUUGCAAGCCCAUGUGAGCUUCAGGUCCGGCAAAUUUAACUCCCUCACCUGGCUCCGUGGUACUACUUAUAGAUUCAUAGAUUAUAGGACUGGAAGGGACCUCGAGAGGUCAUCGAGUCCAGUCCCCUGCCCGCAUGGCAGGACCAAAUAUUGUCUAGACUUGACUGAUGUGGGGUUGUGCCACGUUACUUAGAGUGCUAUUUCAGACUAGGGAAGUCCUUUUUGCAUUUGCCUCUGGCGGGGGAUAGCUCAGGUCACUGAAGUGCAGCAGAACAGUACCCAUCCCGGCCUCUGCUGGCUGUCUGAAGCGGCAUCAUGUAGGUGGGCUUUUCUGUCUCUUACACUGGCAACGCUCAUCUUGCAUUUCACUUAUUAAGGUCUGUUUCACACUAGUGGAGUACAGCUUAUAACCCUGAUGUCAUGUGGCUGGCACGGGCCAUGGUCAGGGAAUGGCAGCUCAUUUAGGCCCUGUCUAGAAUGGCUUUUUUGUUACCUCCCAUGGCCUGAAAUGGGGCUUGCACUUAUGUGACUUACCCUAGGAAAAGCCCCGUUUUGCAGCAGUGUACUUUAGAAGGUUGCAACGGUGUAACCACACUGAUGUAAUUCCCCUAGUCUAGAGGCUUUCCCUAGUCCAAACAAGCCCUCAAGGCUAGAUCCUUCAAUACUCUAAGCACCUCCUAGGAGGCACCUUCAACUCCCAUUGGUGUGUGUGGGGUGUUUUGCACUGCUCUAAGAGCUGCUCGGCACCUUGCAGAGUGGCAGAAGGCAAUGCUGCCUGAGGUCGUUUUAUUGCCCCUUAUGUAUCUCCUUCUGGUCCCAAUGUGUGGUGGAGCAGGAUCUAGGAGAAAAGGCUAUACUGAAAUAUAUUGGCCACAUUCAUAGUUGGCAAUGCGAGCACUGCCACUGGGAUAUGAAAAAGGGAAGCAGGACGGAGAAGACACACGUAGUCAGCUGAAGAAGCCCGUUCUCGUUAGCAAUUUGUUCUGUUGGCUUUAUAGCUUCAGUCGAGACACCUACAUGUGUGGAGAUUCUGAGCUGCGGCUGGCUAAGGCAGAAGCUGCAACGGCGUGUCUUAAUAGCCCCAACUCAUCAAAGCAUUUAACACGUGCAGGCGGCCAUCUUUAUUUAACGGCCAUGUGUUUAAGCCUCACUGAAGUCAACGGGAUUUAACCAUGUGCUUAAAGUUAAGCGUGAGCUUAAGUGCAUUGCUGACUAGGGCUAGACUGCUGACUCGUGACUUUAAUGACUGAUUCACUUCGCUCCUGCUUGGCACACCGGGUGCACGUCCAGUGCUGCCCCCCCCCCACAUCUGGCACCUCCUCGUUAGAGCACCAACUGGCAUUGAAAGGCACAUCACUUUUCACAUCCAUUGACCCCUUCUCUCGCCUGUGUCAGCCACAGCCUCUAUACUGCAAUCAGUUAACGUCUUGUAUUGCAGAUUCUGUGCUCGCAGACAGUCUGGUUCGGCUUCAUGCGAAGUGAAGCGGCUGCUGAAUGGGCUGCCGGUAUGGCUGUGAGCACCUCAGAUCAGUGGCAGAUAUCCCAUGGGACAGGGUGUCCUACUCAGCUGCUUCCACAGGUCCAGCAUCCUGUGUGUUAUUAGGACUGUCCAGCAUCUUUUAGAUAUCACAUGUGUCUGCAAGGAGACCUGAUGUCUCAAGAGCUUGGCAAAGAGCUAGAGGCCCUAGAGACCCUCAUUUAUGUCACUGGUGUGAACCCAACCCAAGUUGGUCAUGACUGGAAGGUCUUACCCCCUGAGGAUGGCCGACCGAAGGCCUAUGCCAUGGGGGGGUCUCAUCCCAUGUCAUUAAAAGCCACCUCCAUCGUUGUCCCUCUUGCCUAGCCCCUGGGGCAGACUCUACAGAGGUCAUGGAAAGAAGGGGCCAUGCACACCGAUUUCCCCUGCCACUCCUACUCUUCCAAGUCAGGGUUGAGGCAGGUUAGCAGGGCGCCAUGAGGAUAGGUAGCACUGCCCGUAAUGCGGCUGUUCCAUGGCCAGAAAAUGUCAACCUCCAGGGCUGAGAAACUGGUCCCGUUCCCCAGCACUGAAUCUCCUCCCACAAACGCGCGCUUCCCAAAAAGGAAAGUCAUUGAUUGCCUAGAAUCCAAUCGGAAUCGCUCACUUCUUCCCCACCCUGCUGCAAUUUCUCAGUGUGCCUGUCUCAGGGGCCUGUUCUUCCUCACAGACUGGGGUAAAUCCAGUGGGAUGCCUUCUGUGUACGCAAAACGUGCAUUGCAUGCACAACCGGCUGGGCACAACCCCCUGGAGGACCCCAUUCUGUAGAACAAAAUGGCAUCCUCCAGCCAGCCUGCCCUCGCAUGCGCCGCACAUGCAAGGUCACGGUGCAUGGAGGACACUAUUUUGGAUUGCCUAAGAUGCGCAGGUGAGUUGUUGCGUGUCUUGCUAAAGCUGCCACAGCGCGCCACAAGGGGACCUGGCUGUGACCCCACUAAAGCCAGCGUUAAACAGGUAUAAGCGGGAGGAGAAUCCAGCCACUUGGUGAUAUGGGCAGACACAGGUGCAUAAAGAACCCAUCCACGCCUGUUUGCCCAUUUGGAUUCAUUUUAAAAUGUUGCCCAGAGAGCAGCCUGGAGACAGCAGAGCAGGGCAUGCACACGAACACUUAGAGAGCCAGAUCCCUGGGACUCCAAGGCCAGGAUGGAGAGACACCUCCCGGACUCCUGCGCCAUCUCUGAACCCUUUUGUCUACACCCUUAUUGAGUCUAAAUGUGUUGAUUUGGGUAUUUUUGUGACCGUACCAAGAGCUGAAGCGAAUGGCUCCAGAAGCGUAUUGGCCCAUGUUCGUCCCUGGUAGAACUCCUACAAAGCCUCUUGAGUUCGACCAAGGGAGAAAUUCGGCCUAUUGUUUUCAAUCUUUUUAUUAUUUGAAUUCUUGCACCUUAACCCCUCGCAUCCCUCCUUCAAUGCGCCACGAGUCUGAGAGGGGCUUCAUUUCCACUAGCAGUUAAUGAACAUUCAGCAAACAACUCUGCACACACACACCUGCCCACUCUCCCAGCCUCAUUUUCUUGGGUUGAACCUGCAGGGAGGGGGCGAUGGUGGGGAUGGUCUUUGUUUUCAAUUUCCCAGGAACCUGGUAGCCCAGACCGGUUUGCCUCAUAGUGUUCAUAAAGCAGGGCUGGCCCCCUGGCCGACAGCCAUAACGAGAACGCAGCCAGAGGGGUGACAGACUGAGAUGGCUGUGACGCAGUGCAAUAGCUAAUUGGCAUCAGCUGCUGGACAACCUUGAUUUUUAACUCUUUACAGACAGACACCUUUGGUCCACAUGGAUGGAAGCAGCGUUCCACCACAGCCCUGCCUAGAGACACAUCAUCCAUGAAGGGAAGGGGUGGGUAGAACCUAAUAAAAGAACAACCUCAGUAGCAUGGAACUUGAAGGAAACAAACUAACAGAAAAAGAAACACAAGCACUUCACUUGCCUCAAACUAGUUUCUAAUGCCUGACGUUUGGCUGUGUAUUAUUUUAUGGCAUUCAGUAUCUGUUGCCCAAACAUGCCAAGUAAAGAGUGUAUCGGUGGCUCUACUAGUUGUGAACAAAAUAAAUGAAGCACUUUAUUCUGUGUAGAUACGGGGAAGGGGGUCGGGGGAGUUCAGAUGCUUUCCAAAAGCAUCUUAAGUAAUGUUCUAGGAAAUGUAUUAUUACUACUUUUUUUUUUAAUGACCAUGUGUAAUCAAUAUAUGUUUAUCUUUAACUCCAAGUACGGUAGCACUCUCUUUGGGAUGGUCUGAUGUCCGGGGAGGGUGGGAAAGCAAGGUUAUCCUCUCUCAUGUUGGAGGAGAUCAUGAUGGCCAUUGGAAGAGCGCCAGCAUCUACCGCAGGCGCAUGCCAAUAUGGCUUAGCUGAGAGCCACAAGGGCAAGUUGUUGGGAACCGCCAAGGGUUGCACCAAAUUGCCUUAAAUGGAGCAGAUCGCAACUGCCUGUCACACUGGAGGGAGACCUGUGGAGAAGACCCCAGUGUGCAUUUCCAGCCAGGUGGUCUUUUGUUCAGAUUGAGGUGCACCACCGCGUUCUGAUAGCUGCCAGCUGGUCAGGAGGAAUUGCGCAUCUCCAUGGGCUGAAUUUUUGGUCACUUUUGAGACCUGAUUUUGACCUCCCACCAGGGCAAAUGGGGAGUAAACCCAUUGACGUCAACAGUGUCGUACUGGUGUGUGAGAUCAGAAUCAGGCCCUUGGGUCUACGUCCUACCAGCACAGUAAUAUUCUGACUGUUAUCAAAGAGGUUGCAAGCGGAAGACCUGAACCAAUAAAUGAUCUGCCUUUUAUAAAA